GAAACAAGCAUCCAUAGUAAAGGGUGUGUGCUUGUGGUAUAAUCUGAUGCAGGAUCAAAAUCCUGCUAGCUUAUUACUCGUUAGAAGAUUCAUUUACAGUAUUUGAAUAUACAACCCUGCAGAUAGUUACUACCAUAGUCUAAAAUUUGACCACCGUUGCCACAUUUGAUAAUGCAUCUCUUCUCUGGAGCUGAUCCACAUUUAGCCUAGCAAACAUUUCUACUCAUACUGUGGUUGCCACUGUCUUCUGUAGCCAUCAACAAACAUUAGUCUUGACCUGUGCCAUUGCUGAAGUAACUUGAUCGUUUAAUUGCUCUGAAAUCGCAAACUUAUCAUGCAAGAGGGAAUGCAAGUGCCAAAGCCAUAAAAAAUAAACACUACCAUCCCAUCAAGUGGGUUUUUUUCCCCUAAACCGUCUGCUCUUCAACGGUGAUCUCAUCUAGUUUGGAAUUGUUGUCGUCGUCUAAUCGUCAAAGGCUUUGAAAGCGUCCUCAAGUAUAUUUUACUAAAUAUGCAGAGAUUUUUUUUUUUUAACAAGGCUAUCUAAAGCCAACUCUAUAUUUAGUUCCAAAUUCAAAAAACAGAAUCCCAAGAGUAUAUUAUUUCCUAUCACUAGACAUAUAUAUCAUUGUCCAAAAAUAUCAUCCAUAAAUGAAUCUGUUAAAAACUAAUUUUGUUUCUUUUCACUCUCAGACACGUCUAUUUCUCCUCCCAUUUCUCUCCAUCUCCCAUUUCCAUCGCACAAAGAAAAGACAGGAUCUUGCAACCACCAGAGAAAAAAAAGAGGCCCCAUUAAAGAAAACUGCACCAUCCCCGCCGGCAACGCAACCGAUAUCUCACCAUCAACAAAAGCAAACAAUAACAAUAACAUCAACGAUAUGAGCAUUACAAGGAUUGGCAACGGCACCGCCCAAGCUUGUGCUGCCUGCAAAUACCAGCGUAGGAAGUGCGCUCCUGACUGUAUUCUCGCUCCUUAUUUCCCUCAUGAUCGCCAAAGACAAUUCCUCAAUGCCCAUAAAUUGUUUGGCGUAAGCAACAUCACCAAAAUCAUCAAGAACCUUAACCAACCUGACAAGGACGAAGCUAUGCGUACUAUCAUUUUCCAAUCUGAUGUUCGAGCCAAUGAUCCUGUCGGUGGCUGUUAUGGAAUCAUACGUGAGCUUCAACGCCAAAUUGAAUAUCACAAGGCUGAGCUUGAUCUUGUUCUUCAUCAACUAGCCAUUUGUCGCGCUCAAGCUCAACAACAAACUCAUUUCCAGAUGCUGGAAACCAAUGAUUCAACAACGCUCGGGUGUGAGAUUUUAAAUCCAGAUUCUUUGGAUAUAUAUGAUCCCACGAUGAUUCAAUAUCAUUAUCCGCAAACACAAGAAGAAGAACAAGAAAUUGUGGUUCAAGAUCAUAAUCAGAAACUGCAAGAAGACGUUAAUGAAGCAUUGCACAUUCAAGAUUCUACUGAUCAUGUUGUUUCUUCAUCAUCAUUGCCAUCCAUGCAUGAUCUUAAGCAGCCUUUUGUUAAUGAAUGUGAUGACGAUAUCAAGCCACUUCUUGACAUAAACGACGUCAAGUUUGAGCCUGAAGAGUUAGUUGAAAGGAAGUUCGUACCGCUGACACAGUUAGUUAUAUCAUCAUGAUAGGAUCUUUGAUGAAGUUUAAUUAUUCUUGUUACUCAUCCAUGCAAAGAGAAGAAGAAGAAGAAAUGUUCAUAUCUUACAAGAUAUGGCUUAAUGAUAUAUGACUAAUUAAUGGAUGCAGUAUGUUAGCAAUAUAAAAAAAAAUCACUGGAAAUAUCUGGUUUGAUCAGUUUUAGCCUUAGAUGAUGACAUUUGUAACACAUAAAUUUUAUUUGUUUUUUGAGACGAUUCUAACAUCAUUGAGCUAUAAAAUUUAUUAAUUUUUUU